AGUCGCCAGCAGAGCCGGGAGAGUGGGGAGCGGAAGCGGCGGCCGCGGUGGCGGCAGACGGCGCUGGGACCCGGGAGCGGCCGGAGAACAAGGGAGCUGGCGCCGCGGCCGGCCGCCGAGCUAGGCUGAGUCGCUGGGCCGCGCCGACCGCCGUCGCCGCCCGAGAGGCCCGGCCGGGCCGCGGGAGCAGGCCGCGCGCGGGCCGCCGGGCCCGAGGCCGGAGCCAUGGGCGAGACCAAGAUCAUCUACCACCUGGACGGGCAGGAGACACCGUACCUGGUGAAGCUGCCCCUACCCGCCGAGCGCGUCACCUUGGCGGACUUUAAGGGCGUUCUGCAGCGACCCAGCUAUAAGUUCUUCUUCAAGUCUAUGGACGACGAUUUCGGAGUGGUGAAGGAGGAGAUCUCUGACGACAAUGCCAAGCUGCCCUGCUUCAAUGGCCGGGUGGUGUCUUGGCUGGUAUCUGCCGAGGGCUCCCACCCAGAGCCAGCUCCAUUCUGUGCCGACAACCCAUCAGAACUGCCACCGCCCAUGGAGCGCACAGGAGGCAUUGGGGACUCCCGGCCCCCAUCCUUCCACCCUCAUGCUGGUGGAGGCAGCCAGGAGAACCUGGACAAUGACACAGAGACGGACUCCUUGGUGUCUGCCCAGCGCGAACGGCCACGCAGGAGGGAUGGUCCAGAGCACACAACCCGGCUAAAUGGAACUGCAAAGGGGGAGCGGCGGCGAGAGCCAGGGGGUUAUGAUAGCUCAUCCACCCUUAUGAGCAGCGAGUUAGAGACCACCAGCUUCUUUGAUUCAGAUGAGGAUGACUCUACUAGCAGGUUCAGCAGCUCCACAGAGCAGAGCAGCGCCUCACGCCUGAUGAGAAGACAUAAGCGGCGGCGGAGGAAGCAGAAGGUUUCGCGGAUUGAACGGUCCUCAUCCUUCAGCAGCAUCACGGACUCCACCAUGUCACUCAACAUCAUCACUGUCACUCUUAACAUGGAAAAGUACAAUUUUCUGGGCAUCUCCAUUGUGGGCCAGAGCAACGAGCGCGGUGACGGAGGCAUCUACAUUGGCUCCAUCAUGAAGGGUGGGGCUGUGGCUGCGGAUGGACGCAUCGAGCCAGGAGAUAUGCUGUUACAGGUAAACGAGAUCAACUUUGAAAACAUGAGUAAUGACGACGCGGUCAGGGUCCUGCGGGAGAUUGUGCACAAACCGGGGCCCAUCACCCUGACUGUAGCCAAGUGCUGGGACCCAAGUCCACGUGGUUGCUUCACACUGCCCAGGAGUGAGCCCAUCCGGCCCAUUGACCCUGCAGCCUGGGUCUCCCACACUGCAGCCAUGACUGGCACCUUCCCUGCCUAUGGCAUGAGCCCCUCCCUGAGCACCAUCACCUCCACCAGCUCUUCCAUCACCAGCUCCAUCCCUGACACAGAGCGCCUAGACGACUUCCACCUGUCCAUCCACAGUGACAUGGCCGCCAUUGUCAAAGCCAUGGCCUCCCCUGAAUCUGGGCUGGAGGUCCGUGACCGCAUGUGGCUCAAGAUUACCAUCCCCAACGCUUUCAUCGGCUCGGAUGUGGUGGACUGGCUAUACCACAAUGUAGAAGGCUUCACGGACCGGAGAGAGGCUCGAAAGUACGCCAGCAACCUGCUAAAAGCCGGCUUCAUCCGCCACACUGUCAACAAGAUCACCUUCUCUGAGCAGUGCUACUAUAUCUUCGGUGACCUCUGUGGCAACAUGGCCAACUUGUCCCUCCAUGAUCACGACGGUUCCAGUGGUGCCUCUGACCAGGACACGCUGGCCCCUUUGCCACACCCAGGGGCGGCCCCUUGGCCCAUGGCUUUCCCUUACCAGUACCCUCCACCCCCACACCCCUACAACCCGCACCCAGGCUUCCCAGAGCUGGGGUACAGCUAUGGUGGGGGCAGCGCCAGCAGUCAGCACAGUGAAGGUAGCCGGAGCAGUGGCUCCAACCGUAGCGGCAGCGACCGGAGGAAGGAGAAGGACCCGAAGGCGGGAGACUCGAAGUCAGGAGGCAGCGGCAGCGAGUCGGACCACACAACCCGCAGCAGCCUGCGGGGUCCACGGGAAAGAGCGCCCAGUGAGCGCUCGGGGCCUGCUGCCAGCGAGCACAGCCACCGCAGCCACCACUCAAUGGCCAGCAGCCUGCGCAGCCACCACACGCACCCGAGCUACGGUCCCCCUGGCGUGCCCCCUCUCUACGGUCCCCCCAUGCUGAUGAUGCCCCCACCGCCCACGGCCAUGGGGCCCCCAGGAGCCCCUCCGGGCCGCGACCUGGCCUCUGUGCCCCCCGAACUGACAGCCAGCAGACAGUCCUUCCGCAUGGCCAUGGGAAACCCCACCAAGAAUUUCGGGCUGUUUGACUUUCUGUGAGCCCCCAGCAAGGGGAGGCCCAGCCUCCGAGGAGACCAGGAACCCUGCUUCAGCAGCCCCUCAGGGCUUCCCAAGGAUGUUCAGCUCCCACACCCCCACUUCAGCAUGUUGAGUCAUUAGGCUUUUGUGGAAGGCUUCAGCCUCUCACCCAUGUAUGAGAGACUCUGUUCCCCUUUCCAGAGGGUGCCCCAUUCCUCUCUCUCUCUCUCCCUCUCCCUCUCUCUUUCUCUCUCUCACACACACACAUACACAUAUGUGCCUAUGUAAGUUCACUUAAGUCUCAAGGCUGGUCCCUACCCAGAGGGCUGGACCCUCUCUCCCAGGUUGUAGGGCUGGUCCCCUGACUUCCUUCUCCCCUCAAGCCUCCCACACAUGUCCUCAUCAUCUUUCUACCUGGAUAAAGCUCGUGAAUUGGUUCUCAGGUUAGGCUCAGCAGAGGACUCCGCAGGCAACUGGCAGGUGGUUCUCACCCUGACCCUCACCCCAUACACCCUUCCCUUAUUUCACAAUCACAGAAAAAGGUUGGGCAAGGGACUUCUGGGACUCCUACUAAAAUGCCAGGUUUUAUUUUUUACCUUAUUCUCCAGUUGAAGCAAAUCAUGACUUUCUCUUUAACCUUUAAACCUCUUCUAUAAAUUCUCCUGGCUCACCUAGCCAUCAUGUUUUUAGGACUGGGGUGUCAAGAGUAGUCUUAAGCUCCAGGCUUUGGGGCAAACUAGGGUAAGGACAUUUUUGGCAUUCAUUCAUUUAACCAAUACUUCUGGGGUUUUGGGUGACCAAGGGCUGUGUUAGAAGCAUGACUCAGUCUUUCCUGCCUUCUAGGAGCUCUAGGUUUGCUCCCAAUCCAGGCCAUGGCUUUCUCUAGCCACCACUACAGGGCUGCCUCCCUACUUUUCCUUUUCUGACUCUGCCAUGUUCAACUCCACUAUAGCUCAUGUUCAACUUCACUAUUGCUCAUGCUUUCAGUGUUGGUGCUCCCAGUGUUCCAUCUUUGGUUCACUUCUCUUUUCUCUAUGUUUACUUUCCAAAUGAUAUCAUCUAUCCUGAUGUCCUCAAUUGUCCCUGAUACACCGGUGAUUCUAAAACACCUAUCUCCAGCCACAAUUUGCCUCCAAAUCUGAGAUCUGCAUUAUCACCCACUGGACAUCAACAUGGACAUAUCCAUGUGGACUCAACUCAUUUCCCGCAUCAAGUAUGUUCCUGAAUUCCGAUCCUGGUGAUCUUUAUCACACUCUACAUAGGUACACCAGCUAGGAACAUGUAUGGGCUUAGAUUCCUCCUCAUAUCUUACAAGUCAGCACAUCAUAUCAUUCCACUCCAAGAAUCUUUCUUAAAUAUGGUCCUUCCUCUCCCCUCUGCCUCUACUCUAAUUCACAGGAGCAUGGGAUUUGGAGUCAGGUUGUUCUGGGUUUGAAUUCUAGCUCUACUACUUUUUGGUUUCAUGAUAAGAGAGUUAUUUAAUCUCUCUGAGCCUCAAUUCCCUCAUAUGUAAAAUGAUGAUAAUAAUAC